AUGGACCAGGACGUGACUUUGACGAGAGACCACUACGACCUAGAACUGCAGCAACGUUCCGGCGGGCCACACAACGACAACAGAGCAAAACAGAACAUGCUGGGACCCAAUCCGGCGAUGAUACAGCGCUGCUUCGGCGACAUGGAGGCUCAACAGCUGCCUCUCGUACUGAUCCAUGACGGCGGGGGAACCUGUUUCGACUACCGCCUCUUGGAGCGGCAAGGCCGUGCAGUGUACGCGAUUCACAAUCCUCGCUUCCGCAGCGGGCGGCCGUGGAAGGGAGGGAUCCGAGAGAUGGCAGGGGUCUAUGUCGAGCUGGUGAGGAGCCUGAUGCCCCAGGGUGGCGCCAUCAUUCUGGGUGGGUGGUCGCUGGGCGGCAUGGUGGCCUUGGAGAUGGCCAAGGUGCUCGAGGGGGAUACCAAGGUCGGCGUGGCCGGGGUGGUCAUGGUGGACAGCGUAGCCCCAAGCGAGCAGGGCGGUCCGACCCGCUCAGCUGCCGAGGCGUGGCUCCCUAAUCAGAUACGAUUACCCGAUCUAAGUAUGUCGUGUCCGGCCGAGAUUCGCGUCGGGGUGUUUCGGUCGCUCAAACAAGCAUCAACGCUCGUCUCAACGUGGACGCCGCCGACAUGGGACGCUGGCAAUCCAUCGGUUUGGGUUCAGGGCGGCGUCGAGGCUAGCGUUGGCGAGCACACGGUGCCCUGCACCCCCGAUUUCUUGGCAGCGUCGCCGCGGCUGCGAGGGCCUUCCUUGGCAGCUGACGAUGGCGAUGGCGCUAGCGGCCGGAAGUUGACGUUGGAUCUGACAACGACAGAACGGACGAGAGGCAAACGGCAGACCAGGCGGCGACCCAUGGUUGUCCUCUUGCGAGCGAUGGGACGAGUUCCCACGCCGCGCGGGGUGACGAGCCGCGUGGACCUGCAACGGCACGAACGGCUGCUGGGAUGGCAGAGGCAUGGGUGCCGGCUUGUCGACGUCGUCCGCGAUGUACCGGGCGACCACUUUUCUCUCUUUUCCAGUGAACACGUUGGUGGCCUCUCGGCCGAGCUGCAGGGCUCCUGUCAAGCCAUCAGCCAGUACUACUGGGCAGGGUUAGCUUAA